GUAUAGCAGCUUCCCCAUCUAUUUAUCUAGAGAUACAAGCUAUCGCUAGUAUUACGGCACGUCACCAGCUACUCAUUGACCGGACGACGCAUCUUUUCGACCUAGAAAUGAUCGCACACGCCGAUCGGCUGAAAGUCCUCACUCCCGAGCAGAACAGCAGCACAGUACGGACACCGAGAGCACGGCUAAUACAUGGCACCUAUAUCCGAGUAGCUGAGCCCCUAAGCUACGCAUUGGAUAGACGAGACACAGGUUUAUACAUCUCCAUGUUCGAGCCAAGCUUGGCCGCACAAGACGGUGUACCACGCUCUUGGGCGAAAGAAGAUAAGAGGGUCAGGCUUUAUAGUAUUGUCACAUAUUUUGAUACAGUUGUUGUGAGAGGCCAAUCUCAGUAUUCUGUUCAACAUCUGGCUGUAUCCUGAUAAUACUAUUUUAACCUUGGCACUGCCAGGGGCAACAGUCGCUUAAACCGCCUCACGAGUCACAUAUACCCUCGGUUGGCCAAACCUACAGGGUUACGAACAUGAUCUGCUCAGUUGACAAGGGAAUUAACCCAC